UUUCAAAUCAUCCACUGGCAGCACAUGAUUUUUAUUUAUGUUUAUUGCAUUUAUUGCUUCGAAAUGGUGUGAGGUUAAUGUCGGGUGGAAUUGUUGUUGAUCCAAUUAUUUACCGCGUGAUUUUCACUCGGUAAUUAUUUCUCACUGGGGAAUUAACGGAUAUUAAGGGGAGACCAGUGAAAAACGUAAAAUGAGUGAAAACGAGUCGGUAUAUGGGACUACCCUGUCCCAGGAGUCCAUGAAAGUCAUCGCUGAGAGCAUUGGAGUUGGAAAUUUACCGGAUGAAGCUGCCAAGGAUCUUGCUGAGGAUGCCAGCUAUCGUUUGAAGGAGAUUAUUCAGGAUGCUGCAAAAUUUAUGAGGCACGGAAAACGUCAAAGACUUACCAGUCAUGAUAUUGAUCAUGCCCUCAAGAUCAAGAAUAUCGAGCCAACCUACGGAUUUUUUGCCAGGGACCACAUACCCUUCAGAUUCGCCUCAGGAGGAGGUCGAGAGUUGCAUUUCGUGGAGGAGAAGGAAAUCGAUCUCAAUGAGAUGAUCUCAAUGGCUGGUGGGACAACCUGGCCGAAAUUACCCUUGGAGAUCACCCUGAGGGCUCACUGGUUGUGCAUCGAUGGAGUCCAACCCACGAUACCUGAAAAUCCACCUCCAGUGUCGAAAGACGUACAGAAGCUGGAGAGUGUGGACCCAACGACAAAACUCGCCAACAAAUCGGCAAAUAUGAGUGUUGGUAAGCCAGGAGGUGGUGGCAAGGGUCAGAAACUCCGGAAUGUCGAGACGGUGCACGUGAAACAAUUGGCCACCCACGAGUUGAGUGUUGAACAGCAAUUGUAUUACAAGGAGAUCACAGAGGCCUGUGUGGGCUCUGACGAGGCCCGCAGGGCUGAGGCCCUCCAGUCCCUCUCUGCGGACCCUGGCCUCCACGAGAUGCUCGCCAGAAUGUGUACUUUCAUAGCUGAGGGUGUGAGAGUCAAUGUAGUGCAGAAUAAUCUCGCUUUGCUGAUUUAUCUCAUGAGGAUGGUGAAAGCUCUACUCGAUAAUCCCAGUCUUUACUUGGAAAAAUAUCUUCAUGAGCUCAUUCCAUCAGUUGCCACCUGCAUAGUAUCUCGUCAACUCUGUAUGCGACCUGAGAUGGAUAAUCACUGGGCCCUACGAGACUUUGCAUCGCGGUUGAUGGGUCAGAUCUGCAGGAACUUCAACACAUCCACCAAUAACGUCCAGACACGGAUUACGAGAAUGUUCAGUCAAGCAUUAACGAAGAACAGUCAAACUCCUCUGGCUUCCCUGUACGGUGCAAUCAGUGGCCUCUGCGAGCUGGGACCUGAGGUGAUAAAAGCCCUCGUGAUACCUAAAAUAAAAAUAAUAUCCGAACGUGUCGAGGGAUAUGCAGACAGUGCAGCUCUCUCGAAUAUCGAUAAAAAUGCAGCUGGCCAUAUUAAAUCUGGCCUCGUAAAGUCAGUGGCACCUGUACUGAAGACAAUCAGAUUAGCUCCAGAUUUUAUCGAUGAUUAUAAACAGGAUUAUGGGUAUCUGGGGCCUCCACUCUGCGCUGCUGUUGCCAAAGCGAGAACUCAACCCGUUGCUGUUGCCCAGUCACCCUCGACGAGCGCUGGAUUACCAGCCAGUCAAUCUCCAUCGGCCAAAACUCUCGUUCAAAAUGAAAAUAUUUCUGUUAGUCAGCCCACACAGCCGAGCCAACAGCGCACGAUUGUUGUCAAUACAGCGAGAAAUCCUGGGGUAAAUGCUCCUGGCACCGGUCACAAAUUGGUUUUUGUACAUCCUAGAUCUCAGACUCCUACUGGAGCUCAACAGCAGCCACCGGUGACGUCUCAGUCUCAGGGACUUCCAAGUCCUCAGGUCAAAGUUGCACAGGCGAAUAUUCAACAGAAAUCCCUGCAGACUGCUGCACAAAAAUUGGUCGUUGUCUGCAUGCCCAAUAGCAGUCAUACGAGUAGUACAACAAUGUCUCAAGUGACAACGAUAAGCAAAACUCAAAGUCUUUUUGUCAUGCAGCAGAGUUCAGAAAGAUCAUUAAGCCCAGACGAUGAUCACCCAUUUAUACAGUACGAAUGAAUCACGAUUUAACAAAUUCAUUGAGGAAGUGGCAUUUAUACAAAGAGGGAACCCAAAUCUCAGGCAAUUGUAUUAUCUCAUCCAAUUGAGUGGAAUAUAAAUGGGUUAUUUUCACCUUGAUAAUUAUUUAUCAUUUAUUAUAAUUCAAUAAUAAGACAUAAUACCUAAGGAUCA